AUGAUAUCGCUGGAUCACAAACAAGGUGUUGGCGAAAAUUUACGGAUUCCGCGAAUGUGUGCGACAACUCAUACAGUUUGCAGGAAAUUUGGUAAGACAAGAGAAGCUAGCUUCAUAGUUGAGAGGGCGGUGCGAGAGAAUCGCUCCGUACCGCUGAUGCAAGAGACGGUAGCAACACUAAAAUGCAAGGAGACAUAUUUUAGACUCUUUGACAAAAUACAGUAA